AUGGAUAAUUGUUUUUCCAAGAAUUAUAGAUCCUAUGGUGCACAAAAUUUAAUGAUCUCUAGACUGUUACAGUUUAAAAAUAUUGAAAAUAAAGUAAUACAAAAAACCAGUUCCUUAAUUAACGAGCAUAAUAAAAAUAAAUUUAGGGAGGGAUGCAGAUAUUUGGCUGAUUAUCUAAUUAAAAAUAAUAAUCCACCAAAAUAUUAUGAACAUUUUAAAGUUACGUGGAAGGGAACACUAAAUUAUUGGUUAAAAGGUUACUAUAAAAAUCUAAUCAAAUAUGGAGGAUGUCCUUUAAUUUUAGAGGAAAAAGAUAAACAAAUUUUAGAAUUAAAUUAUGAAGAAGUAGAUUUCUGUAAAAUGAAAAAUGAAUAUCUAGAAGAAAUAAAACGUUUAAGUAAAAAAUCAAAGAAUUCUGAUAGUUAUUCAAGCAAAUGUAAUGAAUAUAAUGAGUGGAUUGAUAAAAUGAAGAACUAUUUUGAGGAAAAGAAAAUCCUUUUUGGAACAUGCUACCAAAAAACAGACCAAAAAAAAAAAAAAAGACGUUCAGAAGUUAUAUGCGACUUAAUGGAUGAUCAAACUUUCAAAAAACGUACUGACUGCCCCCCAGUAAAUAAAUUACAACCUCGUGAAGGUGAAUCUGUAAAUGAAGAAAUAGGUUCACAAACAAAAGAUAAAGAAAAAAGGGGGGAAUCAUCUGUAUUACAUGAUUCACCCGAACAAGCCGAACAAACUAAACGUACAGAGGGAUCUGCCACUAAUCAAGUGAAUCAAGAUACAAAACAAAAUCACCAUGAGGAGAAAAAUAUACAGGAAUCUGAAUCUCCACCUGACGUAAAAACACAAGCUCAUUUUUCAUCACUUGAAACUCCAUCUAAGGAAGUUGAAGUUAAUUCUGAAAAUUCUUUAGAGUCUCAGACACUAACACUUCUCUCAAAUUCCCAACCAUCCCCAGAAGUAUCAGGUGAAUCUGUAGCUCUUGCUUCAGUUCCGCUAGACACAAAAGCACAAAAACCUUCCGAAAGUACACUAUCUUCUACAAUAUCAAAAUCCCCUCCAAGUUCUUUAGCUUCAACUAUACCUUCUGUAACUUCAGGUAACUUAGGAAAUUCAUCUAACAAAUACAUAUCAUCUAUUUUAAUAAGCUUCCUAAUUAUUAUCGUAUUUUCUCUUUUUAUUAAAUACACAUUAAUGGGACAGUUAAAAAAAAAAAAGAAGAUAAAAAGAAGACAAGCAAAAUUUCUUAAAAUACUAAUACCUUCACAUUCGGACAGAAAAAAAGAAUUUUUAACUCAUAAUCAUUUGGAACACCCGUGUUAUGAUGAUGAAGAAAUUACUAAAAGAAUAAAAAUACUUGAACAUAACAUGAUAAAAAAUUUACGUGAAUCAAAGCAAAAAAAGAAAAGGUCCAAAACUAUUAUAGAAGUACAUAUGGAAGUGCUUCAAGAAUGGAAAAAUGAAGAAUGGAAUUACAAAAAAGGAGAAUUUUUAGAAAUAUGCCUAGAUGUAUUAACAAAAGAAAGAUAUGGAACUCAUUCUAAUUUAACAAAUGCUGAUCUAAUAAUGAAAAACAUUAAAAGUUACGGUCAUAUUGAAAAACAAAAAAUCUUAUGGAACAAGUGGAUAGAAAGACAUAAAAAUAUUUCUGAUAAAUUUAAAAAAGUGGACUGGUUUAAUAAUUUGAAAAAUGAUUGGAAAAAAGAAAAAUCAUACAUAAAAGGAAUGGAAGAAUUAAAAAAUAAGUCAUCGAAUAAAUAUAAAAAUAUUCUGUUCUUGGAAAGAGAGAAAGAUGUAUGGAGGAGGUGGAUAUCAGAAAAGGGAAAUAUUCUAAAACAAUAUAUUGAACAAAACUGGUUUAAUGAAUUAUCAGAGGUUAACCAGAAUAUAUUAGAUGAAUACAUAAAUGAAGAAAAAUCAAAUGAUGUGUCACUAAUAAAUAUAGAAGAACUGGAACACAGAAAAAAUUAUGAAGAAUUAUAUAAAUAUAUAAAAAAAAAAUUACUAUCAAAACUUUGUAUAUUAGUACUUAUGACAAUAUUAGAAGAAUGCAAAAAAGAGGAGUAUAUAGAAGAUAGAGAAUUACAUUUAGAUAGUUUCAUAAAUAUAAGGAAAACUAAAAAAAAUUCAGAAAAAAUACCAGAAAUUUCAGACAAAUUUAUUGAAAAGUAUAGUAACGUUUAUGAAAAUAGCAAAAAUAGCGAUAUUCAAAAUAAUAUAGAGGAGAACUUCUUUAGAAAAGAGAUGAACGAUUGGAUAGGAGAAGAAGUAACUUAUGUAAAUUCCACAGAAUGUGUAAGUAAUAUUGACAAAUAUUAUAACAGUACAACCUAG